CAGCGACGAGGAUGACGAAGAAGGCGAUGUCGACGAGGAGGAUAUCAAUUCCGAGGUGAGUGGCAUUUUGACGAAGGAGCAAGAGCGAGAACAGCGAGAGCAAGGACCAGAGCCCCCCCAGACCGGUGGGUUGAAGGUGCCCUCGGACGAUGCUGUCAUGCUGUCGCCCGAGGUCGUCGUGGAUCCCCCAGGCACGUCCCAUACCGAUGUGGACAUAGUGAUGGAGUCGCCCCCUCACUCACCUGGGUUGAGCGCGCGUAUUGCCGGAGACACAGUGUCGCAAGACUCUCUAUCUUAGCGCGGUAGAGCCAUCGAGAUGGAAGCAGGUGUUGACGUGGCAUUGCCGAAUGAGGUGGAUCAAGAGCUGGAUGAGGAGCUCGAGCAAUUUGGCGAUCUGGAUCCCAGGAUCAUAUCUCGACUCCUCGGCAAGACCCGCGAUUGAGUUUCGCGCGUACACAGACCCCAGCAACGCGGACAGCUCGCUUGCGCCUCCUUCAAUACCUCCCCCGCCACCGCCACCGCCUCCUCUGAACAUACCUCCCUCCCGAGCUCGGAGGCAGCUAGCUGCAAGGCUUGCGUUGCAUCAGAAGAACAACAAUGAGACCGCAGAGCCCUCAUCUGCUUCCCAUCACGAUGAGGGCGAGGGUGACGACGAUGACGAUGACGACCUCAAAGAUCCCUUUGCCGAUGGGGAAGACGACCUUGACGAUGAUGACGAUAUACUUCGAGAAGACGGGCGGGAUUCCUGGUGGCGAGGAGUUGUGCGAAGGAAAGCCAACGAAGAGGAGCGCAACCUGGAUGAAGACAACGACGAUGAAUUUGGAGAUUUUGCUAUGGCCGAGGAUAAUGACGAGAAGCCUGACGAGAACGUUGUCUUAAGACCGCUAGCAGUCAACCCUGCUAAGGACGGCAAUCGGAGUCUUAGUGGUCUCUGGCCGUUCAGCACCAGGUCAGAGCAAGCAGCCCCGAACGAACCAGAGUCGGCGGGCGAAUCAUUGUCCGAAAAGAAGCCAGAGUCCGAGGCUGCUCCUUCGGCUGCGGUUGAAGUCAAAGAAGCGAAGCGGAGGACUAGCAUUGAGGACCCUGAUGACGACGAACCCGUCAAGGUCUGACGUUCAUAUAUGCAUGACUGGGCUGGGGUGCUGUUGGAAUAAGUAGGAAAUGCAUUAGACGAUGACGGAUCCGCAAUGCCGUUUGGACAAACAAGACGGUUGCUAUGAUGAAUGGAGAGAUGUAUACUAUACACAUUUUCCGUGCCCGUUGGGCACAGCAACGUCGUUGAAAUG